UUCGCUACUCGCUAACAAAGCUCACCCCAUAACCGACGAUACAAACGCCACAUUGCUCUCCUGAUAGGAGUAUACACUCUUACUUCAUAAACUAUUCAGAGAAGAGAAGACAUCGGCCUUGCAUCUCCUGUAUUAGCACUCAAUGCUGGUGCUAAUACAGAUAAUUCUUUGCCUUACAAGACAAGCAUCUGGAGGCGUCCACUGGCUAGGCGACUUAAUAUCACAGCCUGUAGCUUAUCAUGAUUUUCCUUGAAAUUUGUAUACUAGUGCACUCCCCUUCGGACGUCCCAGCAGAUCAUCCACUGAUCCAGGCAGGGCGCCCGGCGAACGGGUGUUACUAUUCAAGACAGGGCUCCGUCGGAGGCCAAGCGGGAUUUCGCGGGAGUCGGAUAGUAUAUAUGUGGCCUUAUUCAUUGAACGAAUUGUUGCACUUCUCCACUACUAUCUCUCAUUGGUAUUCUGAAAUGUCGGUGUUGAAUGAUGCAGAUAUGACGAAUAAAGUGGACUGGUUCUUCUACGGUUUCGUCAUUUCUACUUUACUCAUUGGUGCCACGGCUAUUCAAGCAUGGAUCUACUACACGACGAACCAUGAUAAAUGGCCUCUACGCACAUUGGUCACUGCUUUAGUAACAAUGGAUUUUGCUCUUACAUUUUUAAAUGCGGAAGUUAUUCGAUUCUAUCUAAUCACAAAUUUCGGCAACCUAGAGAUUUUUGCAACCAUAUCACCUGUCCUCAAAAUCGAAAUACUCUGUUCAUUCAUAGUGGUUUUUGUAAUCAACAUUUUCUUCGCUUCGCGAGUGUACAAAUUACAGCAAGCUCCCUUCGUGGUCACCCUGGUAAUCGUCGCUGCAGCCUUAGGAUCAAUUAUCGCUGGAAUGCUGCUCAGUGCAAGAUUAUUUCAAGCACACGCAAGUUCUCAACUCUUGACCUUUUUCUAUACCACCAAGGCUAAGGUUGAAAUGGGAAUUACACUUGUCCUGGCUGCAUUUUCUGAGAUUUUGGCUCUAUCCACGAUAUCGUUCUCGUUACGCAACUCUCGUACAGGAUAUACGCAAACGGACACCGUACUCAAGAAGCUCUUCACAUUCUUUGUGUCCAGGGGCAUAAUCCUUGCUGCUGCGCAGAUCGUAGGGAUAUGCGUAUACUUUGUCGGCAAGAAUCCCUUAAUAUGGCUGACCUGGAAUUUUAUUUCGACUAAGUUGUAUGGUAUCACCGUCUUGGCAAUGUUAGCUUCCCGCUCUAAUCUUAGAAAAGACCUCAACACUACUGUCUCCCUUUCUGAGCAAAGUGAACCGCACAGUCGACAUUCUAGAAUGACACGACCGUCAACCGGGCUCAGCCUUAUACAAUUCAGCAGGCGGGAAGAAGUCUUCUAUGAUGACCAGGUACGUUAGAGAUGUUCCUUCCAUAGUCUGAAUUCUCAUAAGUUGACCUUCCGUAGCUGGACAGCCCUAUCCCAAAGAUAGCCCUCCAAUCGCCCACUGUUAGUCGAUUUAAUUACUGAUAUUGAAAACGGACAACCCAUGGAUCUUCG